AUGGCCCGCAAGCCUGAUGCCGCGGACGCCACGGACGUCACCGUCGACGUGAAGACGACGGGCGGGAAGGAGGUCGAAGGCAAGCUCGCCGAGAUGCUCAACGGCGAGAAGAAGAAGGACUUCGAGCUCAGACCGAACCCGAACCGGUCGUGGUUCUCCAAGCUCGUGAUGCCCACGCUCAGCCGGCACCCGCGCGCGGGCCGCGACCGCUGGUGCCCCGAGGAGAAGGCCAACUUCCUGAGCAGGCUCACGUUCUUCUACAUGAACUCGCUGAUGGCGCUCGGGUACUGUCAGAGCCUGGACCAGGAGGACCUGUGGGACGUGGCGUCGUUCGACGCGGCGCCCGCGCUGGCGCAGGAGUACGAGGGCGUGAUGGGGAGCACCGCGGACGAGCAGCACCCGUACGGGAAGGUGGCGCUGGGGAUCUGGCGGUACCGCGGCGCGCGGUUCCUCUUCUCCGGGCUGCUCAAGGUCAUCCACGACGUCCUCAGCGUGGGCUCCCCGCUGGUGCUGGAGUUUCUGCUCAAGUCGGUCCAGGAGGACGAGGCCAAGUGGCAGCAGGCGAUGUUCGCGCUCAUCAUGUUCGCCGCCGCCAUGACGCAGUCCUUCCUCGUCAACACCUACUUCCACAUCAACUUCCGCAUCGGCAUGCACGUCAAGGUGGCGCUGGUGCACAUGUUGUUCAACAAGGGUCUGCGGAUCCGCGGGAGCGUGCGGAGCGAGUACGGGACGGGCAAGCUGCUCAACCUGACGAGCAACGACGCGAUGAAGCUCUGGAUGAUGCCCAGCUACCUGCACACGGUGUGGAGCGCGCCCUUCCAGAUUAUCCUCAUCAUGGUGCUGCUCUUCCGGAUCAUGAAGCCCGUCCCCGCCAUCGCGGGGCUGCUGACGACGCUGCUGCUGAUCCCGAUCAACAUCGUGGUGGGGAAGAAGAUGUUCAAGAUCCGGCGCGCGCUGAUCGGGUUCACGGACCGGCGCAUCCGGCUCAUCACGGAGGUCAUCACCGGCAUCAAGGCCAUCAAGCUGUACGCGUGGGAGAUCCCCUACACCGACCGCAUCCUCAAGCUGCGCGAGGACGAGCUCCGCCAGGUCAUCAAGUCGCAGCUCGUCGGCCUCAUCAACACCGUCGUCUUCCUCGCGGGCCCCAUCCUCGUCACCAUGGUGUCCUUCAUAGUCUACGUCGAGAUGGACUAUAAGCUCACCGCGGACGUGGCCUUCCCCGCCAUCGCGCUCUUCAACCUCCUGCGCUUCCCGAUCCUGAUGCUGCCGAUGCAGAUCAACAACUUGAUCAACGCCUCGGUCGCGCUGAAGCGCAUGCAGGGCUUCGUGGACGCGGAGGAGAAGGAGGACAGCCCCGGGGACCAUAUCGGCGAGUUCGCCAAGGACGUCGCCGUGGGCUUCAAGAACGCCUCCUUCGAGUGGUCCUCCGCGCCCCCGGGGGCCUCGCAGCACGGCAAGGGCGCGGGGCCCGGCGCGUCGCAGAGCGGCAGGGGCGGCCCCCCGGGCGCCUCGCAGAACGGCAAGGCCGCCAGCGGGAAGCCCAGCCCUGCGACGUCCCGCGCCAACUCGACGGCGCGGGGCCCGUUCAAGCUGCAGAACGUCGACCUGGAGGUCAAGACCGGGCAGCUCGUGGUCAUCGUCGGGCAGGUCGGGUGCGGGAAGAGCUCCCUCCUGAGCGCGCUCCUGGGCGAGAUGGAGCCCAUCGCCGGCACCGCGGGCGCGCGCGGGGCGCUGGCCUACACGGCGCAGGACCCGUGGAUCCAGAACGCCACGCUGCGCGACAACGUGCUCAUGGGGCUCCCGGAGGACGAGGAGCGGUACGCCAAGACGCUGGAGAUCUGCGCGCUCCUGCCGGACAUCGAGGUGCUCCCCGCGGGCGACCUGACGGAGAUCGGCGAGAAGGGCGUGAACCUGUCGGGCGGGCAGAAGCACCGCGUGGCCCUGGCGCGCGCGGUGUACGCGGACGCCGACACGUACCUGUUCGACGACCCGCUCAGCGCGGUGGACGCGCACGUCGGGAGCCACCUGUUCAACCGGUGCAUCAAGGAGGGCCUCGCGGGCAAGACGCGCGUCCUCGUCACGCACCAGCUGCAGUUCCUCGAGGGCGCCGACGUGGUGGUGGUGAUGGAGCGCGGCGGCGUGGCGCACGUGGGGUCGUACCGCGAGCUGGUGCGGAAGGGCGUGACCUUCACCAAGUUCGCCAAGGACGCCGAGGAGGAGAGCGAGGAGGACAAGAAGGCCAAGGACGCGCAGCAGGCCCUGCUCCACGCCAAGUCGAAGGACCACUACAAGAGCGUCGCGCGGAGCAUCACAACGCAGCGCAUCAACACGCUGAACAAGGGCGGGCUCGUGGGCAAGGAGCACCGCUCGCGCGGGUCCGUGGACAAGAUGGUGUACUGGUCGUACAUCACCAGCUGGGGGCCGUACCUGAUCCUGCCCAUCCUGACCAUCAUCUUCGCGCUGGGCGAGCGGGGCGCGCAGGUCUACCAGCAGUUCUGGCUGUCCGACUGGUCCGAGGAGACGUUCGAGGCCGAGAUCAUCGCGACCGAGACCGUGGACACGAGGUUCUACCUGUACAUCUUCGUGGCGCUCGGCGUCGGCUCGAUCGUCCUGACGGCCUUCCGCAGCCUGUGCAUCGUGUACGGCUCGAACAAGAGCUCGCGCAACCUGCACCACCAGCUGCUGACGACCGUCGUGCGGCUGCCGAUGAGCUUCUUCGACUCGCAGCCCGCGGGGCGCCUGCUGAACCGGUUCGCGAAGGACACGGAGUCGAUCGACAGCCAGCUGGCGCAGACGGUGUCGUCGUUCAUCACGGUGCUGAUCAGCGUCAUCGGCAGCCUGGUCAUCAUGGCCACGACGAGCCCGUACGUCCUGGUCGCGCUCGCGCUCCUCGCCGGCGUGUACCUGCGGAUCCAGCAGAUCUACAUCGCCACGUCGCGCGAGGUCAAGCGGCUGGACAGCGUGGCCACGUCGCCCAUCUUCGGGCACUUCAAGGAGUCGCUCGAGGGCCUGCUGACCGUGCGCGCGUUCGGGAAGCAGCGGGAGUUCGCGGCGAAGAACUUCCGCAUCCUGGACAACAGCAACCGCUCGUACUGGUCGCAGGUGUCGACCAACCGCUGGCUGUCGAUCCGCCUCGAGGCGCUGGGGCACUUCGUGGUGCUCGCCGGGUCGCUCUCGGUCCUCCUCCUCGACGCGCAGAACUCGUCGAUCGUCGGCCUGACCAUCUCGGCCGCGCUGCAGCUCACGGGCAUCCUCUCGUGGCUCAUCCGCGUGGCCACGGAGAUGGAGGUCAACAUGAACGCCGCGGAGCGCCUCCUCGAGUACAACACCGCCGAGACCGAGGCCGCGCAGAUCGUCGAGUCCAACCGCCCGGGCGACGCGUGGCCCGACCGCGGCGAGGUCGUGGCGACCAACCUGCAGGUGCGCUACCGCAAGGAGCUCGGGCUGGUGCUCAAGGGGAUCUCGUUCCGCGUGGCGCCGAGCGAGAAGGUGGGCGUGUGCGGGCGGACCGGGUGCGGGAAGUCGACGCUCAUGCUCGCGCUGUUCCGCAUCGUGGAGCCGUGCGGGGGCAGCGUGACGCUCGACGGCGUGGACAUCCAGGCCAUCGGGCUGAACGACCUGCGCAGCAAGAUGGCGCUGGUGCCGCAGGACCCGGUCAUCUUCAGCGGGACGUUCCGGUCGAACCUGGACCCGUUCGACGCCGCGGGGGCGACGACAAGAUCUGGGAGCGCGCGGCUGCUGCUCCUGGACGAGGCCACCUCCAACGUGGACAACCAGACGGACGCCAUCAUCCAGCAGACCAUCCGGAGCGCGUUCGGGCACUGCACCGUGCUCACCAUCGCGCACCGCCUGCACACGGUCAUCGACUACGACAAGGUGCUGGUGCUCGACGACGGCAACAUCCUCGAGCACGACACGCCCGCCAACCUGCUCGCCAGGGAGGGCAGCGCGUUCGGGAAGCUCGUCGACGGGACCAGCGCCAACGAGAGCGCCGCGCUGCGCCAGAUGGCCGCGGAGGGCGCGCAGCAGCGCGCUGCCAGGGGGGAGUAG